AUGAAUUAUUAGUCUUAGACCUCUAUAGUAAAUCAAUGUUUUGGCUCUAAAUUAGGAAAAUUAAAAAUGAGAACUUAGAUUUUAAUUAUCAAUUGUGUAAUUUUAGCUAUAAUCAUUCCUUCAAUAAUAUUGGCCUAAACAAUUAACUUAUAUUAUGUUUAAUAGAUACUAAGUGAUUCUGAAAAGGAUAUUAUGCUUAAGGAGAUGUUUAAUCAUCUAACAAAUUCAGCAGAUUCUAUAAAUGGAUAACUAAAUUCUGUAUUUACUAGAAGUAUAAUUUUAUAUAUCAUAUAAGCAUAAAUUACCUUGACUAAUCUGAAUUAAUUAUAUUGGCUUUAAUUAAGAAAUAACAUUUGGAUCAAUAAACCAAUCACUCGUCUUUGUGACUAUAACUCAUCAUUUAUGCCUCCUGAUCAUUUCUAUUCUAUACCAUGCUAUUCAUAUUUUGCAAUUAAUUAAAAUGAUAUUGAACCCUUAGAAGAUUCAACAUAAUAAAUAUUAAGAAAUCAUACUUAUUUAAUAAGUUCAAUUAUCUUAAGUAUGAUGGGUCUUGAUGAUCCAUUUAUGCCUAAUUAAUUUUAUUUUGUAUCUUCAAUAGACCUUUAUGAAUAUACUUAUAUUUACCCUUAAUCUAUAAAAGUACCAAAUUUUCAUCCUAAAGAGAGAAUAUGGUAUUAAUAACAUUUUGAAAAUUUAAAAAAAGAUAAAUACAAUAAUACUCAGGUAAGUGAUGUUUAUAAAUAUUUUGGUACAGAACCUACUUAUUCUAUGACAAUGACGUAAUCAAUGCUUAAUUUAAUUUGGGAUGUUUAAGGGAUAUUUUGUUCUGACAUAGUUUUUUAAAAGAGUAUGAUAAGAGUGAACUCAAUUAAUAUUAUGAUAGCUGAUUAAAAUGGAUAAUUAUUAUUAACAAAUUAUAAAAAUAAAGAAAUAUCCAAUUCAUCCGAACUUAAAAAUUUUGCAGAUUCUGAAAUAACAGGUUUUAAUUCUGAAGAUUGGAACUCUCUAAUCAAUUAUCAUAAUAAAAAUCUUGUUUAAUCUACAUGCUAUCUAAAAACUCAUAAUAUAUUAUGUAGAUAUAAUACUGUAUAUGAAAAAGAUGUUGUAAUAACUAUAUAAAAGCUUAGAAACAUAAAUUAUUAUUUAAUUCUCUUUUAUGAUUUAUAAAUAGAAAAUGAUAUUUCUGAAUAAAUGAAAGAUUUAAAUUAAAUAUUUUAUAAAGAAAUUUAGUGGAUUGCAUAAAUUGUAAUAUCAAUAUUUAUUGGUUUAAUAUUUAUCUCAAUUAUAUUGAUUUACCUAAUAUUUUUACCCAUUUAUCAAGUAAUUGAUCGAUCAUCAUUAUAUUUAUAAAAAGGAUAAUAAUUAAAUAAUUGCAGUUCAUAUGAUUUUAAAAAUUAAAUCUAAAAUUAAAUCUUAAAAAAAAAAGUAGAAUCCUACAAUAGUAGUAAAUUAUAUGAGUAUAUUUAGGUAAUGCAUUAUAUUAGUUCAAAAUUAAAUUUGAUUCAUUAUUUGAUAGAGUCUUAACAUAAACAAUGACAAUCAAUCCUUAAUGUAAAAUACUUUAACAAUUUAAAUAUCCUAGAAAUAAUACAAUAAAUGUUUUAUAAAUAUAGAAAUUACUUAUAGAAGGAUAGAUAAAAGAUGAUUAUUAUGUAGAUAAUAAUAAUGAUUAUCGAAAUAAAAAAAUCUGUUUAAAGAAAUCCUUUAGUUUACAUAUUUAAUCAAAUUGA